AUGGAGCCUCUGUUCCCCUCCUCUAGACCAGCCAGCUGGAAUACCUCCUCCGUGGCCACUGAGUGGCAGACCGGCGGAGGCGACGAGAAUGGGACGAAUGGGACGAUGGCAGGACCGGCGUCCUCGCCGGGGGCCCGAGCGGUGGUGGUACCGGUGCUCUACCUGCUGGUGUGCGUGGUGGGGCUGGGCGGCAACACGCUGGUCAUCUACGUGGUGCUGCGCCACGCCAAGAUGAAGACUGUCACCAACAUCUACAUCCUCAACCUGGCGGUGGCCGACGUGCUUCUCAUGCUGGGGCUGCCCUUCCUGGCCACACAGAACGCCGUCUCCUACUGGCCCUUUGGCCCCGUACUGUGCCGCCUGGUCAUGACGCUGGACGGCAUCAACCAGUUCACCAGCAUCUUCUGCCUGACCGUCAUGAGCGUGGACCGCUACCUGGCCGUCGUCCACCCCAUCCGCUCCACGCGGUGGCGCCGCCCGCGGGUGGCCAAGCUGGCCAGCGCUGCGGUCUGGGCCUUCUCCCUGCUCAUGUCUCUGCCACUGGUGGUCUUCGCGGACAUCCAGGAGGGCUGGGACACCUGCAACCUCAGCUGGCCAGAGCCCGUGGGUCUGUGGGGCGCCGCCUUCAUCAUCUACACAUCUGUGCUGGGCUUCUUCGGGCCGCUGCUGGUCAUCUGCCUGUGCUACCUGCUCAUCGUGGUGAAGGUGAAGGCCUCGGGCGUGCGUGUGGGCUCCACGAGGCGGCGCUCGGAGCGCAAGGUGACGCGCAUGGUGGUGGUGGUGGUGCUGGUGUUCGUGGGCUGCUGGCUGCCCUUCUUCAUCAUCAACAUCGUCAACCUGGCCGUCGUCCUGCCUGAGGAGCCUGCCGCCGCGGGUGCCUACUUCUUCGUGGUCAUCCUGUCCUACGCCAACAGCUGCGCCAAUCCUGUGCUCUAUGGCUUCCUCUCUGACAACUUCCGCCAGAGCUUCCGGAAGGUUCUGUGCUUCCGAAAGGGCUAUGGCGCUGAGGAUGUGGAUGCCAUGGAGCCACGGGCCGAGAAGAGCAGCCAGCUACAGGAGGCCACUCUGGCCGCACGCAGCUCAGAGGCCAAUGGGCUCAUGCAGACCAGUAGACUGUGA